AUGGCACGGCGAGGAUGCAGGGCAUGGCUGGAGCGCCUAGUUGUUCUCAUUGUUUCUUUGGACCUUACUUUGAAUUUUGCUUCGGCACAGCUACGAUAUUCUAUUCCUGAAGAGCUUGCAGCGGGGGCUGUUGUUGGGAAUAUCGCUAAAGAUUUAGGGCUGGAUACCAGUGCUCUGAAUUCCAGAGGAUUUCGCAUCGUUUCUGGAUCCACCGAACCCCUGUUUCAACUAAACAAUGGCAUCUUACAUGUUGACCGAAAGAUAGACAGAGAAGAGGUGUGCGAACGGAUCAGUACCUGCGUUAUCAACAUAAAGACCGUGCUGGAGAACCCGUUAGAGGUGCAUUACGUCGCCAUUGAGGUUUUGGAUGUGAACGAUCACUCUCCCACCUUCUCCGAGAAUGAGACGAAUUUAGAGAUAUCUGAAUCUGCUUUACCUGGUGCACGAUUUCAACUCCAAGGCGCCCGUGAUCCAGACAGCGACAUGUAUUCUAUUCAGUUGUAUAGGCUCAGUCAAAAUGACCAUUUUCGUCUGGAGGUUAAAGAUAGAGGAGAGGAUGGGAAAAUUCCUGUUUUAUAUUUGCACAAAGCGCUGGACAAAGAAACUGCGAGAAGUCAUAGAUUACUGCUGACGGCCGUUGAUGGAGGGAAGCCUGCUCGGUCAGGAACCAUGGGCAUCCUCGUUAAUGUUUUGGAUGUAAAUGAUAAUAUGCCAGUUUUUGCCAAAGACUCGUAUGCUGCGGUGCUUAAUGAAAAUUCACCGAUUGGCACAACUAUCAUGCAAGUAAAUGCCACAGAUUUAGAUGAUGGUUUAAAUGGGGAGGUGAUUUACUCGUUCGGCAAUAAUGUAAAUAAUAAAUUACGGAAACUUUUUGAAGUUGACGCAAAUACUGGUGAAAUUAUUGUUAAAGGAUUAAUAGAUUUUGAAGCAAAAGACAGGUAUGAACUUGACAUCAAAGCUUCUGAUAGAGGACCAGUCCCCCUAGCAACAGAAAAAAGUGUUAUAAUAACUAUUGUGGACUUGAAUGACAACACACCUGAGAUUGAGGUGACCUCCUUUUCAAGGGCAAUUCCUGAGGAUUCCAAACCUGGAACAACGGUUGCCUUGAUAAGUGUGAAUGAUAACGACUCAGGUGUAAAUGGAAAGGUAAUCUGUUAUAUCAGUGAGGACGUACCUUUUACAUUAACACCGUCUUUACAAGACAACAUGUACUCUAUAGUUACCAAAUCUCUGCUGGAUAGGGAGCAACAGUCCCACUAUGAUGUGACAAUAAUUGCUAAAGAUGCUGGUGAAAAAGCUUUAUCAUCUCAUAGGACAAUAAGUGUGACUGUCUCAGAUGUGAAUGAUAACAGUCCAGAGUUUUCAACAAGUCCAUAUACUUUUUAUAUUACUGAGAACAAUGCUGCUGGAUCCUCUUUAUUUUCAGUGAGUGCUCACGAUUGUGAUGAGGGAGAUAAUGCUCUCAUAUCAUACAACAUUGUGAGAAAUGGGGAUCAACAUAAAAAGAUUACAUCAUUUCUCAACAUAAACUCUGAAAAUGGAGUAAUUGUGGCACUAAAAAGUUUCGACUUUGAAACAGUGAAAACUUUCCAGUUCCAAGUUGUUGCCACAGAUUCUGGAACUCCGUCACUGAGCAGCAACGUCACAGUGAACGUGUUCAUUCUGGAUCAGAACGACAACGCUCCAGUCAUCCUGUAUCCACUCAGCUCCAACGGCUCUGCUGAAGGGGUGGAGGAGAUUCCCCGCAAUGUCAACGCAGGACACUUGGUGAGCAAAGUCAGAGCCUAUGAUGCUGAUAUAGGAUAUAACGGCUGGUUGCUGUUCUCACUGCAGGAAGUCACUGACCACAGUCUCUUUGGUUUGGACCGCUAUACAGGACAGAUCAGAACACUUCGCUCAUUCACAGAGACAGACGAGGCUGAGCAUAAACUGCUCAUACUGGUCAAAGACAAUGGCAACAUUUCACUCUCAGCAACAGCUACUGUCAUUGUCAAAGUCGUGGAGCCCAAAGAGGCUUUUGCAGCUUCGGAUGUGAAAAGUGCAGCAAAGGAUGAGGAGGGGAAUGAUGUGACUUUUUAUCUGAUGAUCACUUUGGGCUCAGUUUCAGUACUUUUUCUCAUCAGCAUCAUCGUGCUGAUUGCAAUGCAGUGCUCCAAAUCCACAGACUAUACUUCUAAAUAUCUACAAGAGACUAAUUAUGAUGGGACACUGUGUCACAGCAUCCAGUACAGAUCAGGAGACAAACGGUACAUGUUAGUUGGACCCAGAAUGAGUAUUGGAUCUACUAUAGUCCCUGGCAGCCAUGCAAAUACACUUGUGCUCCCUGACAGGAGACGCCCAUCUGAGGAGGUAAGAAAGAUCACAUUGUCUCAAGGCAGUUCUGGUAUGAAUGCUCAUGAUUGA